AUGGUACCACUAAUUACGAAUCCUAAUGGGAAUUGCCUUUACAAUACUGUUAAAGUAUUGAUAUCAAAUUUUGAGGCAAGUCCUAUUGAACUUCGAGUUCGAGCAAAUGCUGAAUUGGCAAUGAAAUUGAAACAUUACCAGCAAACAUACCCCCAUUGUACAGAUCUCAUUAAUUCAUAUCGUCAAUAUCAAAGAACAGAAAUGAUCUACGAUAAAAGUGAUUGUACAUUAUGCGAGAUUUUAGCACUAUGCAAUAUUCUUCAAUGUUCGAUCCGAUAUGUUUAUCCAAAGAUUAAAGAAGAUGCUGAUGAAGCUGGAAUGUCAGAUCUUCUUAAUAAAACAUUUCAUCCAUUUUCAACAACUAAUUCAACAAAGUCAACAUCAACAAUCACUCUAAUGUGGACACAUACAGCUGAAGAGUAUACUGUACGUGCAGUUAAUUAUGGUAUGUGGGUACCAAAUCAUUCUGUUCCACUAGUUUAUCAUUAUGACACAAAAUCAUCGUUUACAAUUGAACGGCAUCCACCACUGACUAAAAGGAAUAAGUUAUUAACACACUUACAAGCAAGUGAAUCAAAAGUAAAAGUUUGUGAAGUAAGAAUAAUGCAUUAA